AUGAUAUUUAUUAAGGUGGACCAGCUCUUCAACAGCAACCUGUCCAAAAUACCAAAGCGCUACAAUUCCACCUUAAAGCAAAUGUUCACUGAAGUGAAGCUGAAUUUCGCACAGCCAGCGUGGCAGAGGUGGGCACCAGAUGAGAGGGGAGGAGAUGAGACGGUGAAAGGGGUGAUGACAGACGGGGAAUUUCUGGGACCUGGUCGGUGUAUCUGUGCUGCCGGCCCGAGCAAGAGGAGUAACGUGUCCUUUCCCUCCCUGUGUCCCGCAGAGAAACCCGUCAGCCUGACUUACCGAUGCCCCUGCCGAUUCUACGAGAGCAACGUGGCGAGAGCCAACAUUAAGCACCUCAAAAUCCUCUCCACACCCAACUGCUCGCUUCAGAUUGUUGCAAGGCUCAAGAGCAACAGCAAGCAAGUGUGCAUUGAUCCCAAGUUAAAGUGGAUCCAGGAAUAUCUGGAGAAAGCUUUAAACAAACCACGUCAACGCACUCAUAAAAAAAAGCAACAGAAGAAACGGGGCCCACUCUGCCCUUCCCGUGCAACACCAGUAAAGUCUCCAGGGAGAAAGAAUGGAGGUUCAAGAUGUAAGAGGCAAGCAUUGUAA